GAAGGAGGCUAGCGAGCCAGUCAAGGGUCACCUCCUUGACUUUGCUGCCAACCGACCCGCCUACCGCCCCCGCCCCGCAUGCUCCAACUGGCAGCAAUGACCCAAUAAAGCUAUUUUGAAAGUGACCCUGCCGCAGCUCAGCCAAGCGAGCAGCAGCUGUCGGAAAUCAUGACUGAAGAUGACGGAUUCCGCGGUAGUGGUGGAGGGCCAGCUCAAGUGGAGAGAAGGAAAAAAGUGGAAGAGUAGAUGGGUGGUGCUGCGAAAACCUUCGCCGGUGGCGGGUUUCCAUCUUUCAGAUUGCUUGCUUAUGCUUGUAUACAAGGAAAGAUCUGAACGACUGAAGGGGAUGAAGGAGAGGAACAGUGUGACCUUGGAAGACAUCUGUGGUCUGGACCCUGGGCUCUGUUAUGAGGGUCUGAAUCACACUCUGGCCAUCAUCUGUUUGACUCAAGUUGUUAUGCUGGGUUUUGAGAACAAGGAAACUAUGCAUGCCUGGGAUGUACGCAUUCGCUACAGUUUGGGUGAAGUUCACAGGUUUCAUGUUGUGGUGGCACCAGGAACUAAACUGGAGAGUGGCCCAGCAACUCUCCACUUUUGCAAUGAUAUUCUAGUACUAGUAAAAGAUAACCCACCCUCUAUCAUGGGGCAAUGGAAACUCUCAGAUCUGCGACGCUACGGAGCUGUUCCUAAUGGAUUUGUCUUUGAAGGAGGAACUCGGUGUGGUUUCUGGGCUGGUGUUUUUUUCCUAUCUUGUAUGGAGGGAGAGAAGAUCAGCUUUCUCUUUGACUGCAUUGUUCAUGGCAUCUCGCCAAUGAAAGGCCCUUUUGGUUUACGUCCAGUCCUUCCAGACCCCAGUGCAAAUCCUACAUGCAUGGAAGAGAGAGUGGCCAAUGAAGCUUUGCAGUUAGAAAAGCGCCUCAGCCUUCUGUCCCAUACAAGUUAUCAUGGUAGUGGAGGUGAUGAUAGAAGUUUAUCAAGUUCAUCUUCAGAUACAAGCCAUUCUGAUGCUAGCAUUGGGAGCAGGUUGACUAUUUGGGCUGACCAGUCUUCAGCCAGUACUUCUCAAGAGAGUCAUGGAUUGCCUGUAGCAAAGGGAAUUCAUCUCGGGGAAGAAAAAGCCCAUUCAGAAGCUAUCCGUGGCAUCACCAAACCACCUCCUAAACUUCUUCGCUCCAGGCAGCUACAAGAAAUAGGCCGCCAAAGUUCUUCUGAUAGUGGGAUAGCUACUGGGAGUCACUCUUCUUACUCUGGAAGUUUUUCUUCCUAUGCUGGGAGCCUGGACAUUUGCCACGGUGAUGAAUUUGGAUCAAUGUUAAGUCUGCCACUGAACCUUCCUUCAGACCAGAAUAUAUGCACUUGCCCAUCUGGUGAUCACCUGAGGAGCCCUGGCCUGGAGUACCAGGUUCCCAGUUCCCUUAGGCACACCUAUGACACACCCAGGAGUUUGUUACAGGUAGUUGCUAAAGAUGUACAAAGUUCAAGUGCAGAUUCUGCAUUAUCCAAGGAUGAAUCACCUCAAGAAAUUAGCAGCCUCAAACUGCUGCCACCACAUCUGGAAGCACAAGCUGCUCCUGAGCACAAAGAGGAAGGGGGCACACAAGCAGCCUUUCCCCUGGAAAAUGCCAAAGAGUCAUCUCUUGAGGCAAGCAUGGAUUUUGUUUCAAGGUGGUCACAUCUAAAGCAGCAAGGAGAGUUGUUGGAUUCUAGAAGUACUGAUGUGACACCAUUCAGUGGGAUCUCCCACAGUCCUUGUGAAGUAUGUAACUCUCCUUCUGGGACAUUGCGAGCUGUCUUUUCAUCUUGCCCAGUCUGUGGUGGGCUAAAGGAAACUUCCAUUAUAUCGUCUGGCAUCUUACCAGCUAACCCAGGUACUAAAGGAGUCAAUGAAUUGAUGGUGCCACCUGCAGAAUCUGGAUCUCUACCUGACCCUGAAGAAGUUGGGGCGGUAGGUUAUUCAGCAGACCUACCUGUGACUGAUCAAUUGCGCAGUGAGACCACAACCUAUGUUAAUAUUCCUACCAGUCCAACAUCAAAAAAACAACUUCAUUACAUGGAGCUGGAACUUCAGGAACCUAGUACAAACAUAAGAGGGAAUGGAUCUACCAAAUAUGCACAGAUUGACAUUACAGCAACAGAGACGGCCCAUAAAGUAGGAACACAACAUGCACAGUUUAGAGAAGAACGCCUGCAAGAGCGUGAACAGAAGAAGAAAGGCAGCCAAAUGUGUUCUUCAUACGGAGAAAUGAAUUAGCUAUUCCUAACACAAUAUCUGUAAAUAUUUCAUGAAUUUAUUAAUUUAACUAAACGCUGCCAUUGUUUUCAGAUUUAUACCAGAUUCAUUCCAAUCUAUUAAUUUCCAGUUGGAAAACUGGUAGCAUGAGGGGUGUGUGUGUGUAAAAACAUUGGUUGUACACUUGUCUGAUAGAUCACUUACAUUGUAGUUUUUUUAGCAUCUUGAUAAAUCAGGUAUGAAGUACAAAUUAUUUUCAAACUGUGGUAUUUAAUUUAAAGAAAUUUGAAUGUGUUGUGUGUUAUAAUACGGAUGUAAAAGUAGCUAAGUUUACCUUAAAUAUUGGCCUAUACACAAUGUAUAUUGACAAAAAUGCUCUGUUUUGUUAAGAGUUAAGGUGGCUUUUCAUGUUUUUUUCAAAAGUCAAAGCUAAGACAUAUCAACAGAUUUCACAUGAGCAUCAUAGUUGGUGACUGGUGCUGUUAAAAGUGAAUUGCACAAACAUUAAAUUGUCAGCCUGUAUUCUUCUGUUUCUUAGCAACUCUAAGUUUUAUAGGCAGCAUCACUGUUACUUUUAGUGAAAAAAACAAGACAUUACCAAACUCUUUCUAUGUAAUUGCUGGAGCAGCAAUAGCAGCACUGAAACCAGUGUAGGUAGGUAAAGCCUAAUUAUAUGACAAGUGGAAGGCAUGCUGACUGACUUUGCCCCACUUCCCAGGAAAAGAGACAUGCACACGCACACACACAGCUUACUACCUGCUAGACCAAAGGCAGCUGCCAUGCAAGUGUUCCACUUGGGUCUUAACAACAAUGCAAGAGACAACAACAUAUCCACACUCUGGAUUUUGAGCUGAUACCUCAGUGCUGUAGCUUGCCAGUUGAGUUUUUAAACAAAAUCAUUAUAAUGGUAGAGGCAGUGCUGGACAGCAAACCAACAGCAAAUUAAGUUAAGGUUGUGCUGUUAGCUUAACAACCAAUCACACCAGCUUGAAUCACAGUGAAAACUUCAGAAAUAAGUUAUGUCAGUUAAACUGCAUAUUCACAGCAUAUUCAUAGUAUUCAGAGUUGAACAUGCACUGAUGGAAGGAAUCAGUCAGAGGAAUAGAGGAAAGAGGCACUUUUCAGCAAUUAGUCACUCCCCCUACAGCGCCCAUCCCUUCUAAAUCUUCUGUAGAUGGCCCCCUAGCCUCUGAAACAAAAGGCAUGCAGGGCACCGCAGAUCACAAGAGAUUGCCUGUCUCCCCAUUCCGUUGGUGGUUUCCUUCUAUCGGCAAAAAAAACUUUAUUUGGCUUUCUUUUAUUUGACUUUUGAAAAACAAUAUUUAUGGCAAUCUCUUCUCUUGAUAAAAUAGGUAUACCGUCAAUGAUUUUCCAGAGUUUGGGGUGGGGUUUUUUUACAAAUAAUAAUUCUACUAAAGCAACACCCUGACUUUCUUUUGUAUUGGAAGUAACUAGUGACUUCGGAUCCAGCAGUACCAUAUAGAAUGAACUGGUAUUAAUUCCAUCUUUCCCUCUAUCAAAUCCAAUUUAUUCUUUACUCUGCUGAAGCAGAUUAAUAUAUUAUUUCUGUCCAUAUUUGAUGACAGUGUCACUUCCUCCCUUUACCUCACUAUUCAUACAGUUUAAAUUUUGGCUCAACAUUCUGAGAAAUAGUUUACAGAAUCUUGCAAGGGAUCAUUUAUGCAGAAUUAACGGCCCUCUUGAAAAUAUAGACUUGCAUUUCUAUUUCCAAAGUUUGCCCCCAAAUGGUGGCUGAAAUAAAAAUAUAAAAUAACGUUUCUCUCUCAUUCAGUGAUUUGCACACUUUUUGGUAGAAUUUAUCACAUUGUUUUUGAAAUUGCAUUAGCAAGCCAUAGUUAUAACAUUGAUUUGUUUAUUUUAUUGGAGCAUGAUAUGGUUGAGUCACCCUACCCUACUAUUUGAACGUUUUUUAAACAUCAGUCUAUAGAAAUGAAUCAGCAUCUUCUUCUGGGAAAAGUAUUUUAAGAAAUGCAAGUUCUCUUUCAACGGCUGCCCUUUUAGUUGUCCUCUUGGCAGCAUACUGCGUCCUAAAAAAAAUUGGGGAAUUGUAUCUCUUAAUGUUAGUUAAAGUUUUGCUUAUUGUACUGAACUAUUCCAAAAACCAAUAACUAUGACUUUUUUGCAUUUAUAUUUUAGUAUAAAGUUGUUACUACAUUUCGUCUUCUUUUUAAAUUGCCUUUCUUUUGUAAUUACGCAGUUCCAUGUGGUUUCAUCCUAAUAUUGAUGAAACACUAGUACCAUAACUGAUCCUAAAUUCUUUAAUUGGAGAAAGUGAUUCAGUUUACUGUCUGAGGUGAAACAGCAUUCCCAUGUAGAAGCUGUGUCCUUUGGUCAAAGCUUCAUCAGUGGAAACUCAGUGUAGCAUUGGAUCUCUCCCAUCCGUAAGGAGUCACAGGAAUGAGGUAUUUGAUCAUGACCUUUGGGCCAAUAGCCUAGCUGCCUGUGUUGUUUAUAGAACCUGCUUGUGUGAAAAAUCCAGUGAUGGCCUUUCUUCACCUUGAUGGAAUUUUCUUGCCUUCAGUAUCUAUGGGCCCAAAGGAAGUGUGUCUAUUUUUUGUCUUCAUUUAUUUUAAUUCUAAUGUUUUAAUUUGUCCCAUCUUAUGAAUGAGAUAAUGUCUUACAUUUUUUUUCCUACUUAACACAACAGCAACCACUAAAAAGGAGGAGGUUCUCUCAAGCAAAUUAGUUGCUAUUUUAUGAAAAGUGGCACUACCAUUACUGACACCAUUCAGAUAUUAAUGCAUUGUAUCCUGGGCUUUAACUAACCUAGCAGUAUACCAUAUAAAUAUCAAUUUAUCUAACUUAAAAUGCUGAUUUAUAAACCAGACAAAUAUGAGAGCCCUCUUGUAAAUUAUACUCAAAUGAAUAUUGUCCUGUAUUGCAAAUAUGGCACAGCCAUGUAGAGGACAGUCUUCAAUCUAUUGGAAAGCCAGUAAUGUUAGUAACUUUGUAUUGAAGGAUUGGUAUAUCUGAGCCUUUAAUUCUAUAAAUGUUUUAUAUUCAACUGUAGUCUAAUACAAUUUACUAUUUAUAAUUUACUGCUGUGUCUUUUUGUAUCUGCAUUUUUAGAAGCAGUUCCUGGCAAUACAGGUGUGUAAAAGAGAAAGUUAAGCAAGUUCAUAAUCUUCAAAUAAUUUUCAGUACUCCAGUUAAGCCUGUAAGAUAAGAACUCACAUGACUGCUUCUAAAUAGGCAGAAUGAGUUCGGCUUUGUUUCACACAUUAUAUUAUUAUGCAAGUACACAGAAUGCCAUGAUACAUAUCCCUAAAAUUCACAUCAGAUGGAACCCUUUCAAUAACCAGUUUUUUUCUUCAUACCACUACACAAAAACUCAAAAUCAAAAAGCAGUAUUCUCCUCCUCCUUCCAAUAAAAGGGAGCGACUCUGUUGCUGGGAGGCUGUUGCUGUGGACUUGCCCCACUGGGCAAACCACUCCUGCAAUACGACUUUUACAAACAUUGUAAAUGAUAUUUCCAUCAGUGCUUUUGAAAUUGAAAAUGGGACUUCUUUCACAAAUGUAGCUGUCCACAUAGGUAUCCACUGGGGGGAGGGGAUUUCUUCUCUUGCUGGAUGAACCAUAAUCUCCAUAUUUCCACCUUUCCUUAAAAAACCUGUAAGGUUCUAGCAUUUGUAGAACAUGAGAUAUGAGGCAAAAUGGAGAGACACUGUUCUUUUCACUUUUUAUGUAAUAAACUAGCUUGCUCUCCCUUUCCGUGUUUUUGCUUUGCUCCCCCUCCCCCUGGAAAAAUUCCUGGGUACACCCACGACUCUCCAUAUAUUUUUAUUCAAUUCUGUUUCAAAAUAAUUAGACUACUUUGCUUUAAAGGAAAAAAAAGUUUUUUUCCUUCCCCACCCCUGCCAUUACACCCCAGUCUACUUUAGAUAGCAUCCUUUUAGUAUGUUGUAAUUAUGCUAACAGUUUUUCAAACCAAGUUUAAUUCCAAUUUAUUCCAGAAUUUCUCACUAAGGCUACAUUCACACCAGACAUUUAUUCCACUAUUAUUCCACUUUAAACAGUCAUGGCUUCCCCCCAAGAAUCAUAGGAAGUGUCAUUUGUGAAGGGUACUGAGAGUUGUUUGGAGACCUCUAUUCUCCUCACAGAGCUACAAUUUGCCAUAGUGGUUUAACUGCCAUUUCCUCUUCUUAGAAAACUCUUGAGACUGUAGCUCUGUGAAGGGAACAGGAGUCUUCUAACAGCUUUCUGUUCCCCUCACAAAUUCCCAGGAUUUUUUGAGGAAAGUCAUGACUGUUUAUAGUGGAAUAAUAGUGGAAUAAAUGUCUAGUGUGAAUGUAGCCUAAGCCUGGCAUCUUAUAACUUAUCUGUGAGUAAGUUCCAUUUAAUUCAAUGGAACCUACUUCUGAGGAGGCAUGUAUAGAAUUGCACUAUAAGUAAUGUAAUAUAUGCUGUAAUUGAAAGUGUUCUAAUCAAUAAACCCUUCUUCCCAAUUGUUAACUAUAUCUAUAUAUUGUAGUAAGUAUUUUAUUUGAAGAACUCCUGUACGUUACGUGUACUCACAUCUAACCCAGUUACUUAAACGUUUAACUUGGACUAAGUCAAAUCUAAAUUCUUGAACAUAAUCAUUAAACCAGUAGAAUGCAUAUAGGGCAACAACAGUGCUUAAUUAAACAUUUCCCCCCAAUUUGUAGAAAAGGAAUGAAUCACAAGAUUAUCCAAGAUAUUUACUCAAGCAUUUUUUUAAUUGAACCAUAAGAGUGUGUGUCCUUAAGUCCAGCUCUUAUUGUAAAUUUACUAGAUCAUGAAAAGGUUUUAGGAACUAUCUUGAAAGUCCUGUCCUCUCUGCUGCUAUAAUAUAUCACCAUUACCUCCAUUUGGCUUAU